AUGCGGAAAGUAGUGUUGUUAUUGCUACUCGGCUAUAUCGUGGCCCACACCUUUUAUUUUAUCUACUCCCUAAUUCACGUGUCCUACACAAGAAGAGAAUUCUCGAAACGGGAUCUUUCUGAUGGCCCAUUGGUGCUCAAGGAAGGUGUUGUCGCGAAAAAAGGCAAAGUCAUUGCACUUAACAAGAAGCCCAAAAAGAAACCUAUCAAAGAACCAGUGCAUGUCGGAGGUGCAAAAGCUGCCAGUCUUUUGCGUGGUAAAUUUUUAAACAAUUCAAGCAAGAUUGUCCACCCCAAGAAGACGAGGAAACCUCCAUCUCUAGAACCUGAAUUCAUAAAGAAUUUCACUGCGGAAGCGAAUUCGAUGUCAAGUUCGAAGCACCUCAUCUAUUUUACUGUAGUGAAUGGGGCAUUCGAGAAGCUGACACUAAACUGGCUGUGCAAUUUGGCUAUUUUCAAGGUUUGCCUUUAA